GAGAGGAAGUGGGAAGGCUCCAAUCUGUUCUUCACACCAGCGCCCUCAUGCCCCCACCCUUCUCCUCGGCUCGGGGCUUCGGCUCGCCUCAUCCCCGCCUCUCGCCCAGGGAGAGGAGCGGGGGGCGCGGCAGGGCUCGCGGAGAAAGACAGAGGUCCGCAGAAGGCCUCCGCGCGUCAGCCGGAGCCCACACCCGCCAGUCUGCAGGCGAGGCAGGCCCGAGGGCAGCCCCGGAGUCCGCGGCGGCCGGAUGCGCGGACGCGUCACUUCCGGGCGGUGCAGCGGCGGCCGCUUGGAAGAUGGCUGCGCCCUGUGGCUCGGAGCUGCCCGCCAACUCGCCGCUAAAAAUCCCGAAGAUGGAGGUGCUAUCCCCGGCUUCUCCUGGUGGCCUGAGCGACGGAAAUCCCUCGCUGUCCGACCCUUCCACGCCUCGGGGUGCCUCCCCGCUCGGGCCAGGCGGUGCAGCGGGCUCGGGGGCAGCGGCGUCCGGGGGUCUCGGGCUGGGGCUGGGGGGCCGCAGCGCCGCCUCGUCCUCGGUCUCCUUCUCCCCUGGUGGCGGCGGUGGCGGGGCUGCGGCAGCCGCCGCCGCCGCCUGCCGGGGCAUGUCGUGGACGCCAGCCGAGACGAACGCGCUCAUCGCAGUGUGGGGCAACGAGCGGCUGGUGGAGGCGCGGUACCAGCAGCUGGAGGGAGCCGGCACGGUGUUCGGCAGCAAGGCCCCCGGGCCAGCCAUGUACGAGCGCGUGUCCCGGGCCCUGGCCGAGCUGGGCUACGAGCGGACCCCGUCCCAGUGCCGGGAGCGCAUCAAGACCCUUCGCAGGUGUUACAGUCGGGUGAAAGAACAUGGUGUUGGGAAAAGAAAGAGCAGUUACACAUUUGAACAGUUGGAACAGGUGUUUGGUCAGGGAGGAUGGGAUGCUCAGCCCUGCCAGCCUGUACUUAUUAACAGUAGUGGCUUGUACCAGGAGCUGGAGUCAGAUGGCAGCACUAUGGAGGAGUAUUCACAGGAGGACUGGGGAAACCACAGUCAGGAUCUCCAUGGCUAUCCAACAGAUCAGGAAUUGGAUGAAAUACCUGUCACAAAGAGAACAUUAAAAAUAAAACAAGAGUCUUCUGAAGAGGCACAGAAAAGAGACAUCAUGCAGAAUAUCGUACAGAUUUUGGAAUCAGUACAGUUGAAAUGGGAACUGUUUCAGAGCUGGACAGACUUUUCAAGGCUUCAUCUUUCUAAUAAACUGGCCAUUUUUGGAAUUGGUUACAACACCCGCUGGAAAGAAGAUAUCCGUUACCAUUAUGCUGAGAUCAGCUCCCAGGUGCCCCUCGGCAAGCGGCUCCGGGAGUACUUCAAUUCGGAGAAACCUGAGGGACGGAUCAUCAUGACCCGAGUGCAGAAGAUGAACUGGAAAAAUGUUUACUACAAGUUUUUGGAGAUUACUAUCAGUGAAGCUCGGUGCCUAGAGCUGCACAUGGAAAUUGACUGGAUACCGAUUGCCCAUUCCAAACCAACCGGGGGCAACGUUGUUCAGUAUUUACUGCCAGGAGGUAUUCCCAAAAGCCCAGGCCUUUAUGCCAUUGGCUAUGAAGAGUGCAUUGAGAGGCCCCCCUCACCCCACCUGGAGCGACAUUCCCUGGACCCAGGGAAGGAGGGCCGGGUUGACUUGGAAAGCCUUUCAGCACAAGCCUCCUUACAGGUGGAAACAGAACCCACCCGAAUUACCUAUUGCUACCUCGGGAUCGCUGAGGUCAGGACUCUGCAACAAUGCUUAUUUUUACAUUUCCAAGCAAAUACCAAAACCUUCAGCAAAGAUUGGGUUGGUAUUAAUGGGUUUUUGUCUCAGAACUGCAUUGUGGAUCCUGGAGUUUCCCCCAAAUCCAUCUAUAUCAAAUUUGUAGAAGUAGAGAGGGAUUUUCUUUCCGCAGGCUCUUUAGUUGAGUGCCUGGAAAAAGCCAUUGGAUAUCCCUUAAAAUUUAACAACUGAGUGUCAUCCUUCAUAAGGAUUUGGGCUCUUACCUCCCUCUUCUCUACUCACUUCCCAUUACCCAGACUGUGUCCCAUCCAGAUGCUGCCAUCAGACUCUUCAUGGAAACUCUUUCCACAAUCGGGCCAGUACAACUAAGGAAUCAUAGUAGACUUUGGGCAGAAAAAACAGACCUCACCUGAAAGUGCUCAUUUUGAGCAAGCAAGCUAUUCAACGGACUUGCAUGGUGGGUCAGUUGUUUCUUUUUUAAAAAAACAAAAAACAAUUUUUAAAUGGAUUUUAGAGCCCUAAUGUAAACAAAUGUAGGUACAUUCCAUAUUGGACAAAACUUAUACUUUUGAGUUUCAUAUGAAAUUGAAAAAUUGUAUUUUUUUCACAAUGUUUCAUUUUUACACAUCUCUAUGUCUCUAUAUAAGUAUUAUUUACAACCUUGAAUAAAUAAGCAAUAGAUAAUGGCAAGUUAAAUCUUGAGUCACAGUAAAUAAGACUGUUUUUCAAUAGCUACUAUUGUAUAUAAUUUUAGAGUUUCAUUUUUUUCACCAAUCAAGUGUUUUGCUAUUCCCAAAUCAGUGUUGCCUGCAAAGACCUUUGUUUCUGUGAUGUACCAACUUUAUGGUUGUGUUGCCAUUUAAACUUUACAAAAAAAAAAUUAAAGUAAUUCCUGGCC